UCUCUGGUUUCUCUUGUCAAGACAGUGUGGUUCAAGCUUCUUCAUUUUCCAUCGCUCCCUUCUUUUUCCCGUCGCCCAUAUAUUCCUUCAUUCCCGGCAAAACUAAGCACUUUCACUCAAUACUCCCUUCGCUUCCAAUCAUUCUAAUCCUACGUUUGAUCCCUUUUUCUUCGUUCCAAGUUUCUCAAAUUUCUGGGUUUUUUUUUAUAAAAAAAUUUCCGUCUCAUCUGAUCACUUACGCGGUCCUGGAUUUGUUUAGAGGCGGAUUGGGCGUUAUUUGCUGCGUUUGGUUAUUGAGAAACUGCCCAACUACCUAAGAAAGUUAGAUCAUUGGAAGAUUUUGUUUGGGAAAUCUGAGUGUGGAAGGGGAAAAACAAGAAGAGGACGAAGAGGAAGAAUUUGGCUUUUCUUAUCAUCUGAUACUUCCUUUCAUCCUAUCCUCGGCAAAUAAACGGAGGAGAAGCUACCCAUAGGCUCGAAAAAUGCUUGGGACCGCCCUGCAGUUUGGGGGUGUUCGCGGUGAGGAUCGGUUUUACAUUCCGGUCAAGGCAAGGAAGAGCCAGAAUCAGCGUAAACAAGCACAGAAAGCCAAGAGCGGGGAAACUGGGUCUGCUGAUUCAACUCCAAAGGCCAAAGAUGUUGCUUCCGAGAAUAAGAAUUCCAAUGAGCAUUCAUAUUCGUCGACAAAACCUUCUUCUUGUCCGUCUGUAAUGCCUGCUUGUAAUAUUGAUAGAUUUCUGGAGUCUACAAGGCCAUUGGUCCCAGCUCAGUACUUUUCUAAGACAACAAUGAGAGGCUGGAAGACUUGUGAUGUUGAGUAUCAGUCUUACUUCACCCUUAAUGAUCUCUGGGAAUCGUUUAGGGAGUGGAGUGUAUAUGGGGCAGGAGUCCCUUUGGUUCUUGGUCAAAGUGAAUCUGUUGUUCAAUAUUACGUUCCUUACUUGUCGGGUAUCCAACUAUACAGUCAAUCUGCUGAGAAGUCAUAUGCAAAGUCAAGGUAUGUUGGGGAAGAUAGUGAUGGUGAUUCUUAUAGGGAUUCAAGUAGUGAGGGAAGCAGUGACUUUGAAAUAGGAAAGAGAACUGAACCAUCUGCGGCACAGAGAAGUUAUCAACAUCUUACAGGUGAUGUCUCUUUACGCAUGAGUGGGCUGUCUGUACGUGAUAAACACAAUGCAAUGCAAGAAGGAUUUUCUAGCGAUGACAGUGAAACAGGGACUCUAGAUCUUCCUGUUUUUGAGUAUUUUGAGAAAGACCCUCCUUAUAGCCGUGAACCAUUGGCUGACAAGAUAAUAGAUCUUUCACGCCAUUAUCCUGGCCUCAAGUCACUGAGAAGCUGUGAUUUAUUGCCUUCCAGUUGGAUGUCUGUGGCGUGGUAUCCUAUCUACCGAAUACCCACGGGUCCAACUUUAAAAGAUCUGGAUGCUUGCUUUCUGACAUACCAUACACUUCAUACACCCUUGACAGGAAGUGGACCUACUCAGGCUCAGACUCCAACGUUGGUUUUUCCGAAUGACAUGGAUGGAGAACCAAAGAUUUCCUUACCCACAUUUGCAAUGGCCUCAUACAAGUUAAAGGGAUCUAUUUGGAUGCAAAAUGGCCUUAGUGAGAGUCAACUAGCAAAUUCCCUCUUGCAUGCUGCAGAUAAGUGGUUGAGACUGCUGCAUGUGAACCACCCAGAUUAUCAGUUCUUCAUAUCACACAGUACAUAUCACAGAUUGUGACAGCGUAGGGAGUACAUAAAUGUGGGUUCAUGUUACGUGCAUAAUCAGCAAAAAAGAUGGAGAAGAUAAUUUCAAGUGAAGGAAAUGAAGAUCACUAAGACGAAAACUGAAAAAGAAUCAGAGUUGUUGUAUAUGAGCUGGCCCUUGUCAGAUGUGAUGAUCGUAUGGAAGAUAUGGGGGCUUAAGCUAAGACUGUCCAAGCUUUUUCUGUUUAUUAGUGGUUGGGAUGCCUUUAAUUUUUAAGACUUGAACGUGUUGAUAUGGUUAUAUUUUGAUCGUAAGAGAAAAAAGGGCAAGGGCAGAGUUGCGAGAAUUGGCUGUAUUGCAUUUGCAAGGACCAGUUUUGGCUCCAUAUGAGAUGAGCAGUUGCUGUAUUGAGAGAAAAAGGGAGGGUAAUCGCGGUAUUGUACAAUGUUUACCCACUUUAAGAUCAGUGUUGUAUGUUUAAAUAAGUGCCUCACUUAAGGAGAAAGAACAUUAUGCAAGAGCAUGUUUAGUUCUGCUGAUCGAGCCAGUGGCAACAGAAGGCUUGUUGCUGGUGUCCAACUUAGUUGAGUUGAUCAUCUGAUGCUUUGGAAAUCGAUGACAUAUAUAUUCCUGCGGAAGGCUUAAUUUUUGUGUGUGCCAUGCAUCUGGUGUUUGUGAUAGAUAUUACAGAUAUGUUUUGUGGAGAACUGUAGAACAUGAAUUCUGGUGAGAUCAUUAAUCAUCACUACGCUGUUAUUUCUUAGACUGGGGGUCUGUCACUAUGCCGUUAUCUGGCUAGCCCUCAUGAUUUGUAUGACUUGUAUACUAUCAUCCUUGUGAUUAUAAAUUAUGUAGAUGAGGUUCUUUGCCUGGCGAGCUACAUGAUUGAAACAAUACAAUGUUCCAAUCCUUUGCAAGAAGA